AUGCAAGCAUCACUGAUGCGGCCACGCGGCCGCGCCAGCCUUCUAUAUCGCCCCUGGGCUCCUGCCGAAUCGCUACGAGCUACACCAGCCCUUUUGCGAAACACCACAGCCCCGGUGCAGCUCAUUUCAUCUAUACAGCUUAGCAAUCCAUCACAUCGCAUCAACUUGUACUCGUACUCUUCCAAGCGACACUACAGCCGUGAUCCGCUUCAAGCCGAGCUCGAGGCAAACACAGUCCGGGGCAAUCGCGUUGCACGAAGUCGCAAAGAAGAGCAGGCACGACAGCAAGAAGAGAGCAGACAGAAAGCUGAAGAAGGGUCUUACAAACAAAAGCUGUCAAGAUCAUGGUCCGGCACACAGAUCAAGUGGUAUCCAAUUCCCCUUCUCCUAGGGGCUGUCGUCCUUGUUGGAGUGCAAGCACGUAGGAACUACGUUGCCGAGCGAGAUGGCAAAGGUGUCGGUAACAGGAUCGUCGAUGAGAAUGGCCAGGUCGUCAGGAUGCAGGGCCCGUGGACCGUCUAUGUCAUUGGAGCUCUUCCUCUCAACGCCAUUUCUCGAGCUUGGGGCUGGACCAAUAACCUGACCCUUCCCGUCUGGUUCCGUCCAUUCGGCUUCAAGCUCUACGCCUACAUCUUUGGCUGCAAUCUCGACGAGAUGAAGGACCCUGAUCUCACACAUUACAGGAGUCUCGGCGAGUUCUUUUACCGUGAAUUGAAGGAGGGUGCCCGCGAGAUCGACGACAGCAUCCUUGUCUCGCCUGCAGACGGCAAGGUUCUCCACUUUGGUGAAAUUGCCGGCCGCCGUGUCGAGCAGGUCAAGGGUAUCACCUAUUCGCUUGAUGCCCUUCUGGGCGUGACAAGCGCUCCAGAGGCCACCGAGAACGUCAUCGGCAGUACCAAGGAAGAGGUAGAGCACGCUCGCAUCGAUGAUCGCCAAUUUGCUUCGGUCAAUGGAAUUGACUACACGCUGGAUGAGCUUCUUGGUGAUGAGAAGAGCAAGUCGGCUGUUCCUGAUCCCGAGGAGGAGCCAAAGCGCAUGUCGAGUUGGAAGAGGUUUGGCAAGGCAUCCUACUGGAAGUCUUGGGUAACGCGGAAGCCAUCCCAAGGCUCCAAUACCACAGGAGUCCCACCCUCUGCUGCUAACGGCUCCACUGAUUCGGACGAAGACGACACCGACAUUAUACCGUCCAGCACUUCUCAGGCCACAGACAGCAAACCGAAGAAGAUCGACGAUGCGGGUAUGCCAGAGCCCGACACUCCCGAAGUACUUGGACGAUACGCCAACGUUGCAUACGAGAUGGGUGUUGGCGCUCUUCCACCGCUCCUGCAACCGCAUUCUCCCGGCGCCAAGGGUGUCAAGGAAGGAAACAAGCUCUUUUUCUGCGUCAUCUACCUAGCUCCUGGUGACUACCACCGCUUCCACAGUCCCACCAACUGGGUAGCCGAGCGACGUCGACACUUCCGCGGAGAACUCUAUUCUGUUUCACCCUACAUGGCCAAGCGUCUGUCCAAUUUGUUCGUGCUCAACGAGCGUGUAGCACUACUCGGUCGCUGGAGACACGGCUUCUUCGGCAUGGUGCCCGUUGGCGCAACCAACGUCGGCUCGAUCCGCAUCAACUUUGACAAGGCGCUCCGAACCAACGUCCGUAUGCAGCGCUACUUAGCCGGUACUUACUCUGAAGCCUCCUACUCUGGUGCGAGCAGGCUUCUCGGUGGACAACCUCUUGCUGCCGGCGACGAGAUGGGCGGUUUCUUGCUCGGGUCCACUAUUGUGCUCGUGUUUGAGGCGCCGAGCGACUUCCGCUUCGACAUUAAGCCGGAGCAGAAGAUCAAGGUUGGUCAGCGCUUGGGAGACAUCCGACCGCCAACACCAGAAGAAUCCGAAGCGAGUAAGAACGGACGUCAGGUUUAA